GACCAGAAUUCUUCGUUUCGUAUCCUUGCAACAAGUGUUUCCUAAUCGAUACUUGGACUAAAUUCAGAGCAUUGCUCGCAGUGCACUUUAAAUAAUAGAAACUUAUACUUAUUAAACAUUAUAAUACUUUCGUUUAUGACUUUUUAAAUACCAGUACAUUCAGUUGGUCGAAGACUAAGAAGCAGAAACAGAUAAAAGUACAUAUCAGCUAUUGUCCUCUUUAAUGGAGACUAUGGGAAGCGUCGCCGCUAUGUACUAGUAAUUCGCGAACAACAGGUGCUUGACGCAGGAGUAGGAUAUUUGUCGCAAAGAAUGACAGAGAAAGAGCGGAGCCGUUUGUUGGUUUACAAACGCUCGACGCAAAUCAACAUUAUCCUUAAAAAGAAAGCCAUUGCAAAUCGAGGGAUUCGAGUUCGAGGUUCGUAAUCCCUGACGAGAUAGGGUACGACAAUAAUAUCGUCCUGUUGAUAACGGGAUCCACGAGGGGCUCCGGGUGUUUCUCUAUUAUUGUAGGUGGUAUUAUUUCGUUCCCUCUCCGCGUCUUCCGCGUUCCCCUCUAGCGAUGGGAUCGAUCCUUUACUUGCGAGUGUUCGAUACCUAAACAAUUCGUCCUAACGUUUAUUUUGAUACCGCAGCUUACGAUUAUACGUUCAUACAAUACUUGAAAGCAUUUCGGAUUGAUUCGUGCGCUUGUUUACAAUAUCACGGCGACGCUAUUCUUACUAUUUGCAAUGCAGUGCGCGCUGGUAGUAACAGUGUAUGGCACGCGGUUUACACCUAUGUAUAUCACCGAAGAAAAAUCAUGUUUUUUAUUUUUUGGUAGCUAGGCAUCUUUGAAAUCUGCCGUUCGGAUCCGGAGUAUAAGAUACUCGACAGCGUUUGAACUUUGACCGUCGCUACUAUCGCGUUGUCGCGUUGCUGGCUAAUUAUCAUUUCAGAUCUACCUACGCAUUCUCGCACGCUGCAAUGUUACAACAAAUGCGAUACACCGGGCAUUGCAGCUGGCGCAAUCGUGGAAAUACGAAUCGCGGCCGGAUGAUAUAGCGACAUUUCGCACCAUAUUUCACAGUCCCGAGAAAACUGGCCGUUUCAAGGUCUCGGUAUCACGAGGGUAUUGGUCCCAUCGCUAUUCACCGUCUUUCGUCGCCUGGCACCCGGCAUGUGCGCGGCGCGGCGCAAUCGAUUCCAAAGCCAACGCAUGCCCUCCGCCUUGGUUUCUGCCCGUGGAAGAGUACUCGGUGCUCGGACUCAGUCGGUGGCACUGGUGCGGUACAACGGGACGCUUACGGAGGGACAUGGUCUAAAAGUCAGCCGCGAGCGAGCGUACAAACCCGAACAGACAAAGCCGUUGCGGGCCAUUCGGUGACAUCGAGGGCAGGAUGUAUUGAAAUCGAAGCAGAUCGAACGUGUCACGCCCAGGAACAUCUAUGGGCCGUAAACGGUGGUGGCGCGGAGGCUUGGAGCUGCUGGUGCUCUUUAUCCUCCAUCACGUUAUUCUGGGCGACGGUCAUGUCGGGUGUUUGUUCAGCAAAAAUCUCUGCAAUCCCCAGACGGAAACUUGCUACAACGACCUGGCAUUCGGUAAAUGUUUGCCUCUGUACGUUGAUCUGAACGACGAAGAUUACUAUCGGUAUGACUUCAACGUUGAUGAAUUGGAGCUGCUAAGACUACAGUUAGAGAGGCUGGAAACCGAUGGAUACAAGUGGUCGGAUCCCUACACGCAAUGUAUUAUGAAAACAUCCUUAUACAAUUUACGUCACGGAGAAAAUUACGAUCUUAGGCUGUGCCAGCAUCUCAUGCAACGUACGCGUCACGAGAACGACAACGUGUUCGACCAGGCUAGAGUACCAACAAUAGCCAUAGUGAAAUUCACGCCCAACAAUGGCAACUCCGGAAAUCAAUUCGCCAAAGAGCUCUACUAUCCUCCCGGGACUCAAAACCAGUACGUCCGCGACAGGUUCUACAACGACCAACUCUCGCGAUCAGCGUACGACGAACAACCGAAGGAAUCCACAUCACGAUUCUACAAACCGAGCUACGCUUCGAAUCCUUACAACGAAUACGCGUCUUUAACCAACGAGCAGGAUUACGACUCGCGCGAGAACAAAUUGAGGAAGAAGCCCUCGACCUUCGACGGGAUCGAAGAAAGGCUCUAUCGAACCAGGCGACAACCUUACGAUACGCGAGACUACAACGACGAUGUCCUCGAGACGAUAAAAAACGUUUUAAACCAGGACGUUGAACCCAAGGCCACGGACGACAGGGAUCCAAGCACGUUAGACAACCUACCCGUCAACGAGUUGGAGUUUCUAAUAAACGAGAAACCACCCAACGGUGAUUCCGCUAAGGAAUCGGAGGACCUGGACGUCGAAUACGAGAAGGCAUUCUCCAGGAAGUACAAGCAUCCGAGGAAAUUCACCGAGCUUUUGGACAAAGAUGAAUUUCUGCUGGACAAUGCGAAACGUAAUUCUCAGAAUGACGAUUACGAGAUCGAUUACUACGACGACGCUACCGACCAAAUCGAAUUACCACAAAAGGACACCUCUUCGUUGGAGAACGCUAUGUAUACGGAAGGAGGUCUCGUCCAAACGAUCGAUGAUAAAUCUGACGCUGAUAUAGAUGAGAGCACGUACGACACUCUGUUCGGCGACGACCUAAGCGAAUUACUCUGGAGCCAAGAAUUAGCUGGCUUCAAGAGACGGGAACGCUUGGAUGUUAAGAAACCAGGACCACCUUUCUCGACGAACAACUACGCGUUCAAAACUCCAUCCCCAUCCGCUGCGGAUAACGAACAGGAAGGUUCUUACUCGAACGAAUCCGAGGAAAAUAACGAAGUACUGCUGGGUCCAUUUGUAAAAAAGGAAAUAGGAACUGAACUUGAAGUGGAUAGUUCUCCAAGAUCGUACAACAACGUCGAUUUAGAUCACGUUUACAUGGAGUUUCGUCAACCCUUUCAUACGUGGUCCGAAGGCGAACAUGUAGUCACAAAGGUGGGUACGCUACUAGGACUCUCAGCGGGAACAUUGAAAGAUAUUCGAGUUGGUCGCGCGGAAGUAACAUUCAAAGUCGUGAAAAAUAAUAAAAAUUAUAACGCUACCGAUGUGGUCGACAACAUAGAUGAUAUACGUGGCAAGUUGCAGGAAACUCUGGGUGUUGAAGUGAUUCGUGCAGGCAUAGGUGACAAGGCUAAAUUACCUGCAACGUUAGAAGUGGCCAGAACUGAAAUGAGUUCGAGCAUGUUUGGUGCAGUUGUGGCUGCAGGGGUUGCAGCGGCAGCUGCAGCUGCAGCGGUGACGUUGAUAAUUGCCCGUCGUCACGCCAAGUCUCGAGCCAAGCUGGCAGGAUUGUCUACUCCCGAUCCAGAAGCUUCCAAGGACUAUCAGGACUUGUGCAGAGCGAGGAUGCAAGCAAAGCAGCCGACGGAUAAACCGGAAUCGCCGCGUAUCACCAACUUGAGUCGCGAAAGUGAAUCGAAUAAUUUGCCUUCGAAUCGUUCUAGCACGUCAUCGUGGGGAGAGGAAGCAGCUCUUUCGAAUAUGGACAUAUCAACUGGAAAAAUGGUUCUUAGCUAUAUGGAGGAUCACUUGAAAAAUAAAGAUCGAUUGGACGAAGAAUGGACAGCGUUGUGCGCGUACGAAGCGGAUCCUUGCUCCGCCGAAAUCGCCGAAAGCGAGACGAACAUUAAACGCAAUCGUCCUGGCGCGCCGCUUCCUUACGAUCAUUCCCGGGUGAUAUUGAACGAUCUCGCUAACGCCAAUAAUUCUGACUAUAUUAACGCCUCCACGAUCACGGAUCACGAUCCUCGAAAUCCAGCUUACAUCGCUACCCAAGGACCGUUGCCCCAUACGACAGCAGAUUUCUGGCAGCUUGUUUGGGAACAAGGCAGCGUCGUAAUCGUGAUGCUAACUAGAUUAACCGAGGAGGGUGUUGCAAUGUGUCAUCGCUACUGGCCUGAGGAGGGAUCGGAAUUGUACCACAUUUACGAGGUGCACCUCGUUUCUGAGCAUUUCUGGUGCGACGACUACUUGGUGCGCUCUUUCUACCUGAAGAAUCUACGUACCGGCGAGACGCGAACAGUAACGCAAUUCCAUUUCCUGUCCUGGCCUGAAAACGGCGUGCCAUACUCGACCAAGGCUCUCCUGGAAUUCCGUCGGAAAAUCAACAAGUCGUACAAAGGCAGAUCGUGUCCCAUAGUUGUGCACUGCAGUGAUGGGGUCGGUCGUACCGGAACGUAUUGUUUGAUCGACAUGGUAUUGAACCGUAUGAUGAAAGGAACCAAGGAAAUUGAUAUCGCAGCUACUCUAGAACAUAUAAGAGAUCAAAGGCCCGAUAUGGUUGCAACAAAACAACAAUUCAAGUUUGUCCUCAUGGCCGUAGCUGAAGAAGUGCAUGCUAUUCUCAAAGCUUUGCCCGCACCUCCUACAGAGAAAUCUCUCACGGGAAAUAACUCUUCGACGAAAGAAGGCCAGUAAGAUCCGAACUAAAUUCCAAAUUGCAGUCGCGGCGAGCAAAGAUAGAGUAUUAAUUGCAGUCUAUAUAGAAGAAUGAAGAAUGGCCAAAUAUUUCUAGUCAAUCAUCUAAGAGUAUAAAAUCAUUGAUAACGAUUUGUUCUUCAUAAUUUCUUGCUUUAAAAUCUGUUUGACAUGUAGCAAAAUCACACGAGCUUUGCUUCGAUUAUGCUUUAUUCGAAAAGAUUAAAUUACCGUAUCUAUGAGUUUGAUUACGUAAUUCUGCUGAAAUAUUUAUACCAUGCGUAACGAUACAAAUAGUAUGUACAAAUUACAUCGUUGAGUGAUUACUCGAAGUAGCAAUAUCGAUCUGUAACGUUUAUUGCGUAUCUCAUUUGACUACGGCCUACUUGAAUAAUCAGGUACAAGCAUACGGAUUCGAACGACUGAGCUAUGCAGCUGUUGGAAUUUUAAGUACUGGCUCACAAUGGAAUCAUUUGUACUGUGUAUUCAUGUAAAAUUGUCCUCUAAAAUAAUCCUUGUAGUAAUCAAUUUUAUCGGAUACUAAAAUUAUUUGGUACGAUACCGAACGCUUACCACCGAUUAUGUAGCUCAGUCUUUAUGUCGUUCUUCCUUCCUUCAUUUUUAUAAAGUAUCAUUUAAGUAAAUUUGAAAUUACGUUACUUCCUCUAAUAGAUAACUUCACUAACGUGCUUUAUCGUAGCUUUAAAAAGAUAUCAAAAUAUAUUGCAAAAUAAUUAAUAGUUUUAUCUGCUGUCAAUUCUAUCAAGUGUACACAACGUCGACUUUCGCAUUGAUUAAGUUGAAUAUUUUUAAUUUUCCCAUCUAUCGGAUUUCCAUGUCUGCUUACUUUUAACUCACGUUCUCAUGGGCAAAUAUCGAAAGACUUCGUAUAGAAUACUGAAACAAAAUUUUGAUUUUAGAAACGCGAGUAUCGAAGUCACAGUUUUAUAGAUUGAAAUCAGAAUUUUUAUACUAUUGUUAAACAUUCUAAAGAGUAUGGUUUCCACUGCAUGACUACGACUGUUAUUUCCGGAGAAUGAAAUUUUAUUCAACGUUACUCAGAAAAUUGUACUUGGAAGGUUGCAUUAAGGCACAGUUUAUCAGUCUUUUUUUCUACGCGUACGGGAAAGUAUGAUCGAGCUGCACAAUAUCAAUGGACGUUUAUAUUUAAGUAUCAUCAUUACCAAAAAAAUUAUAAGAAUAAUGUUUUAUCGGUGUGAUAUAUGAAUUAUUGUAUGACCACGUAAUGUAAACUUAAUGUCCUAAAUAUCAUGUGGAAGCGUUAACGAACAAGCUAUCCGAACGAAAUGUUUAAUCAUUAUAUUGUGAUAAUGAUGUUAGGUGGUAUGUAAAAGAAAAUAUAAGCAUACGUGUUUGCAAAAAUUGUCGCGUCGAUACGGCAAAUUAUAAAUGGAAAAGUUGUCUUUGCUUUAACUUGCGGCCCUGUUGGUCCUGUAGAUCCAGCCUCCCACAGGAUAAACAGGUUCCAUUCGAGGUUCUUUCCUUCUCAUUGUGCAGUACGAUUACUGUCAAUUAAUGUUCUUGUUCGUGUCUUAUAUUUCCAUGUAAUUCUUCCUUUAUAUUAAAUUAAGAUUCGUAAGACAAUUACUUCCGUUCUGUACGGCAAAUCAUAAAUUGAAUUUAAAGUACCAAUGAGUUACGUUAAACAGUAUUUAAAAUAAGAAAAUUUACAAUUACUCUAAAUAUAGAGAUACUAAUAUAUUAGUUGUGAUAAUUUACGUUUUGUAUAUUGCAAGUUGCUUUGAGCGAACUGGUAAGUUUUGAACGAGCUUUUACUUGAUACGAACGAAUAUACUGUGAACGCAAAGUGAAAGUUUGCUUGACCAAAAAAUAAGUUUCGUUAUACUUUUUUUAGCACAGAUUCAUAUAACAGAUUCUAUAUUUUUAUGCAAAGGAAUGAGUCUAUAUAAAAUGAAAUAAUAUAGUUAUAUAAAUCUAUACUAUGUUAAUCAAAGUGUAAUACUAUAUGUGUUAUAAUAUAAAUAAAUCACUCUAUGUUCAAAUCAACAGAA